UCGUGCUCCGACCUGAUCAUAGAGAAGCCAGCGGAGACUCCCACUUCCGAUCGUCCAGGGCGCUCCCUUGGUGUAGACGCGGUACUGGGCCCUUAGUUGCCGGACAAAGAGUGACGCCCGGAGCCGGAGUCAUGGCGGCGACGGAGCUGAGUUUGGCGACCAGCGGGAGCCCCGCUGUGGUACCGCCGGAGCAGCAGGACGGAGGCGGCCCGAACUCAGACCCUGAGCCUAACUCUGCAGACUCCUCGAUGCCAGAGGCCGCCCCGCCUGCCCCUGAAUCUUGCAUCUCCAACCCCGAGGUCCCCGAAGCGAAUAUUACGCCCUCCGCGGCAGCUUCUGCAGUGCUAGAGCUGCCUCUCAGGCCCGCACCCCUGGGCUCUGCGCCUCAGGCCUCAGCCUCCUCGCGCUCCGCGGCAGGCCCAAGCAGCUCGCGGCCAGGCCCCGAGACGUUCCGCCAGCGUUUCCGCCAGUUUCGCUACCAGGACGCGGCCGGCCCCCGGGAAGCGUUCCGGCAGCUGCGAGAGCUCUCCCGCCAGUGGCUGCGGCCAGACAUCCGCACCAAGGAGCAGAUGGUGGAGAUGCUGGUACAGGAGCAGCUACUGGCCAUCCUGCCCGAGGAAACGCGGGCACGGCGGCUCCGGCGCCGCGCUGACGUGCGCAUCACCGGCUGAGCGGCGGAGCUGAGCGCUCUUUGGACUGGGGCCAUAAUGGGUUGGGCAUCCAUCACCCCGUGUUAAUGAAAGAGUUUUCACAGCU